AUGCCGAGCCCUGUAUACUCUGAGAAGAGCCCAGCCGCAUAUCCAUCAUUAGCGAGUACCUCGCAAGAACCAAAACCCGCACCCAGAAAUCCAGGCUAUAGCAUGCCCCACGGCUUCGACAAGCUUCUUCACCUCGAGCCCGAAUCAUCACCUCCUCCACCACCCCGCCGAACAUCUAUACAAUCCCGCUAUCACCUCCAUGUUCGCCAGCAGCCCAUCGCAGCCCGAGCCUGCGGUGCAGGAGACCGAGACCGUCGCCCUGUAGACCCACCCCCAAUAGUCCAAAUCCUCCUCACAGAUUUCGACCCAGGGUCUCAAGAUGACCGGGAUAUCCUCGAAGACCCACGAUUUACAGUGGGCUGUCUUCUCUUCCCCGUCUCCGAUUCCCCACCCUACCUCCCAAACACAGAUGAAGACGAAACCCCAGAAGGAGGCGGCGGAGACGGCGACGGCGUCGCCCGCGCAGACGAUACAUUUUCCACCCCACUCCUCUCCGGCAAAGCAUUCAUGUCCCCCUUCUUCGUGGACGAAGAUCCAGAUCCCAACUCCGCACCCACACACCCAUCUUCCGAUAAUCCGCACCGAGUCCCACCCCCCGACCUCUCGCAGCCCGAGAACCUCCGUAAUGCCUCGAAACUGCACCAGCCAGCGACAUUCUUCAUUUUCGCCGAUCUUUCAAUUCGCUCGGCGGGGCUUUAUCGUUUGCAGUUUCGGCUCAUGAAUUGGGGUUCCGUUGAGGAUACGGGUCAAUCAAUGCCUAUUCUUGCGGAGGCGUGGUCAGAUCCGUUUCGUGUAUAUCCUGCGAAGGAUUUCCCGGGGAUGCGGGAUUCGUCGAUUCUUGCGGAGGGAUUGAAGGAGUUGGGGUUUGUGGAGUUGAAGACUAGGGGUAAAGGGAAGGGAAAAGGUAGGAAGAGGUGGUGA